AACAGCCAGCCUGUGAAGCCUGUGAGUCACCCUCUGCAGUGCAGUAGUUAGUGUUGGAGUCUUCCGCCCGUCUUGCUUCAUUUCUAAUAUUUGAAUGUUUUUUUCAGCCAACAUGAAGCUGCUUGGAGUGUUGGCCGUGUGCACUGUGCUGCUUAUGCCUUGUGUUAUGUCCCAGAUACACGAAGCGAUUCCCUGUGAUUCCCAGGAGGUGGUGGCUCUGGCAGAUCUGGCUGUCAACCACAUCAAUGAAGUUGAAAAGCAAGGAUACAAAUUCAGCCUGGACAGGAUCGAAAACGUCCAGCAGUUGAAAAAGGAUGGUGGAGAAAACGUCUACUAUAUAGAAAUUGAUGUCCGUGAGACCAAGUGCCAUAUUCUGGACCCCAGGCCUCUCAGUGACUGUAAAAUCCGUUCCUUCUUGGACACCAAAGUCGAAGGAGAUUGUAAGGUAAUUGUAGUGACCAAGGCUGGAGCUCCAAGUUCCGUGGAUGGUUAUAGGUGUGAAUUAUCUCCAGAUUCAGCUGAAGAUGUUAUCGAGAAAUGUCCUAACUGUCCGACUCUAUUACUUCCAAACGACACUGGAGUCCUAUACGCUGUGAAUGUCUCAUUGCACAAAUUUAACCAUGUGAGCAAUCACAUGCACAAGUUUCAACUUCGUGAUAUAACACGAGCUUCUGGCAAGGGAGUUGGGAGUCCAGUGAUGGUGGAGUUCAGUAUCCAGGAGACUCCAUGUAGGAAAGCCUCACCUCUAUGUUCCCUGAUUGCCUUGAUUUCUCCACAAAACGGUUUCUGUGCAGCGACUGUCACUCCAGCUGGUGCUACUGCCCCUGAAAUAGUGGAUGUGACUUGUGAGUUAUACUCAACCAAGGUUGCCCCCGACAGUAGUACAGCACCACUGGAAGGUGAGAGUGGCACUGUGGCAUCACCAGAGGCCGCCACCGUAGCAGUUGUUGAAAAUAAUCCCACGGCAGCAUCAGAAGUUGCUAUUUCUCCAGGAAUAAUGAUUCCUCCUAAACGCAAGCGAGCAGUUCAGGAAUCCUCUGAAUCCUCUGAAGAACUGUUGAUUGGCACUGGUCAAGCAGGAGCUGGCUCUGAAGUACUACUCAAACUUAGCAGAUUCCCUGAUCUCCCCGCGCAUCUUACAUCCUGCCCAGGAGUGCGCAGGCACCCCGAGCAUCUGUGAGCAGAAAUAACCCUGUCCAAUUUUCCCCGCAAAAACAACACCACAUUAUCUUCACCCAACGGAGGAAUGAAGCAUAACUCAAAUGAUAACAGCCACUUCAGAAUUGGCAACGAAACAGUCAACACAGCAACACAGAAGAAUUCUCUGACUUCCCUCCUCUUGUGUUUCAGGGUGAAAAUAAAAUGUAAUCUUAAAUAAACAAUGAGCCAUU